AUGGGGGAGGGAAAUGAAACUGCAACCGUAGGCUUCCUUCUUCUGGGUCUCUUCACUGACUCCAAGUAUCCUGAACUUCUCAUCUCCAUCAUCCUUCUAACUUACAUUAUUGCUGUUGCUGGAAAUUCUGUCUUGAUCCUCCUCAUCUGGUUGGAUUCCCACCUCCACACUCCCAUGUACAUCUUUCUCAGUCAGCUUGCACUCAUGGACUUGACCUUGACUUCCUCUACUGUCACCAAGAUGGCCGCUGACUUCUUCUCUGGAAAGAGAAACAUCUCAAAAACUGGCUGUGGGACCCAGAUGUUCUUUUACUUGACAGUGGGAAUAGCUGAGUGUGUCUUCCUGACUCUCAUGGCCUAUGAUCGCUAUGUGGCCAUUUGUAACCCACUGAGAUACCCAGUCCUCAUGAGCCCCAGGAUCUGCCUGACAAUUGUCACCAUAUCUUGGGUUGGGAGUGCUUUUACUUCCUUAUCCCAUACUAUCUACAUAAUGCACUUCCCCACCUGUGGGUCCGGGGAGAUUCACCACUUCUUCUGUGAAGUCAUGGCUUUCCUGAAGCUCUCCUGUGAGAACACAUCAAUUUAUGAAAAAGUGGUGCUAGUCACAGGUACAAUAUUGAUCCUCAUCCCAUUUGGCCUCAUCCUGGCUUCUUAUGUUUCCAUCUUCCUCACUGUUCUCCGCAUAAACUCCCCCAAAGGGAAGAACAAAGCCCUGGUCACCUGCUCCUCCCAUCUGACUGUGGUGAGUCUCUACUUUGGUCCAGCCAUGAUUAUCUAUAUGACCCCAGGUUCCUCUCUCUCCCCAGAACUAGAUCAACAGCUCUUUGUAUUUGAUACCAUAAUUACUCCCCUACUGAACCCUUUGAUCUAUAGCCUCCGAAACAAAGAGGUAAUGAGGGCUCUAAAGACAGUUGUGGGGAUAUCAUUCACAUAA